GUCGGUCUAGUCAUUUUGAACAAACGGUAGGGGUCUGACUGUGGCCUAGACCACUCUUAAAACAUCACUAUUUGGUCCGGUUUACAUUCAGCUGUCUGAUGCUUGUCUAAUCCUCAAAUUUGGAUAUAUUUCUAGAAAACAUAACCCAUAACCAUGAAAAUUUGGACAAGUGAACACACAUUUAACCAUCCAUGGGAAAAAGUUGCCACUGCAGCUUGGAGGAAAUACCCAAAUCCACACAAUACAGCAGUUAUUGGUACUGAUGUUGUAGAAAGAAAAGUAGUGGAUGGAGUAUUACACACACAUAGACUGGUUAGCUCGAUUUGGUAUUUUCCUAGAUGGGCACAAGCACUCAUAGGUUCUGCAAAGAUCUGCUACGCCAGCGAACAGUCAGAAGUAAACCCCUCUCUCCGCCACAUGGUUCUAAAAACAAUAAAUCUCACCUUUUGCCGACAUAUAGCCGUCAACGAAACCUUGAAAUACACUCCACAUCCUUCCGACCCCACCAAAACCCUUCUUAAACAAGAGGCAGUCGUAACAGUAAAGGGAGUACCUCUAACAAACUAUAUGGAGGAUCUAUUAACCACCAAAAUAUCAAAUAACGCAGGCAAGGGUAGGCAAGCUAUGGAAUGGGUGAUCAACAAAUUAAACGAUGAAGUCAAAGACUUAACAAGGAGUACGGAUGAAAUUUUUAGCCAUACCAAAAGGUCGCUGGACGAUAUAGCGACCAGUGCAAAGAAGUCGAUGGGGGACAUCUCACAGAAAGCAAAGAAGAGCCUGGACGACAUGCAAACGAUGACUCUGAGCUAAUUUCUUCUGUACUAUUUCUUUUCGAUAGUUAGCACAAUUUUUUUGAAUUGCUACAAGAGGAAAUCGCUAGGUUAUCUAAUUACGUCUAAAGUCUGAUUAAUUUGUACGGUAUGGUUGUCAAACAAUAAAACUGUGA